AUGGACACUGGCAGCGCCGAUUUGGGGCCACGAUGCCAGGCUGGGGCAGAUGCCGGCAGCACCGAAUCGAUGCCAGCGUGUCAGGACGGUGAGGACACCGGCAGCGCCGAUUCGAGGCCACCGUGCCAAACCCUGGCAGAUGCCACCAGUGCCAAACUGACAGCAGGCAGCCAGGACAGGGCAGGCACCGGCAGUGCCAAAAUGAUGCCGCGGUGUUGGGACGGGGCUGAUGCCGGCAGUGCCGAUUCGGGGCCACGAUGCCAGGACAAAGAGGGCGCCAACAGUGCCAAAGCGAUGCUGGCACACCAGGACCGGGCAGUCACCGGCAGUGCCGAUUUUGGAACACGAUACCAAGACCAGGCAGACACCGGCAGCGCCAAACCAAUGCCGAGGUGCCGGGACGAGGCAGCCACCAGCAGCGCCAGUUCGGGGACACGAAGCCAGGACACGGCGGAUGCCAGCAGCGCCGAAUUGGCCCCCCAGCACCAGCACGAGAAGGAGGCUGCCAAGCCGAGCCGGCAUGACGUUGGGGCCCCCGGCGAGCCGGCGGCAGCGGGUGCCCGUCCCUUUCGGUGCGGGGCAUGCGGGAAGCGGUUCGGGGCGAGCGCCACGCUGGCGCGGCACCAGAUGCUGCACGGAGCCGAGCGUCCCUUCUCCUGCGCCGAGUGCGGCCGUGGCUUUUGCGACCGGGCGGCGCUGGCCACGCACCGGCGAGGGCACACGGGCGAGCGCCCCUUCGCCUGCGCCGAGUGCGGCAAAGCCUUUGCCGGCAGCGCGGGGCUGCUGGUGCACCAACGGGCACACACGGGCGAGCGUCCCUUUGCCUGCGCCGAGUGCGGGCAGCGUUUCCGGCAGAGCGGCCAUCUUGCCCAACACCGCCAGGGCGCCCACGGCACGGGGCGCCCGCACCCCUGCCCGCAGUGCGGCAAAGCCUUCGCUCUCCGCUCCACGCUGGCCCGGCACGCUCAGACCCACACCGGCGAGCGGCCUCACGCCUGUGGCGACUGCGGGCGCCGGUUCCCCCAGCGCGCCCCCCCGGCCCGGCACCCGCCG